CCUCCAUCCCAUCCUGAGCCAUGGUGGGACAAAGUCCCGGGGCCAACAUGUUCUGUUUGGAGAAGCCAUGCUUGGAGGGCGGACUUGUUUUGAGCUUCUUAGAGCUUUCCAGCAUCAUUUGCCUUUGGUCGGCCGUGAUUUCAGCUACGGGCCCGCCUCUUUUGCUUGCCUGCGCCUUGAGGAAGGAGCACUGGCGCUUCCUUCCUCUAUGGCGGCACUGGCUCCAAGAUCCAGGUUCCUUGGGCCUUCAGCAGCUGGCAGCUGCAUUGGGCUUUGCAAAGGUCUUGCGCCCCAUGCGCUUGGGCACGCUGGAACUGGCCAAGUUAGCGGCGCAGCGCUGCCGUGCCAAGUUUGACGAGCUCUUGAGGCGAAGGCAGCUCUACGAUGCGGAGUUGUGCCUUGCGGGGAUUUUUGAAGUCUCCGCUCUCGCACGUGCUCAGCUAUCCCGCUGCUUGCGCCACUCCUCGCCUUGGCUGAUGCCAACGGUGGUGACGGAUGAGGGCGACUGGAGGAGUCGCUGGGUGGAGUGGAGGAGCUUCUUGGGCAGCUGCCCGUACUUCUGGCUGGAGACCAAUGAUGAGUCCUUUUGGGCAAGAGCUGAGACGUUUGGACAUGGUGAUGCCGUUGAGUUCAACACUGACGUGUCGGGCUAUGAGCUCCGUCGUUUGGUGGCAUUCCCGGCACCACAUCUCCGGCAGCUUUUCGAGGAGCUGUGCCACCCGGAGGAGGCCGAGGAGAGGUACACCAUAGCCGUUUGGAUUUCCAGCCUUGACAUCACGGUCCACAUUCACUUCCCGACUGAACAUGGGCAACCGCCAAUUCGACUGAAUUGUAUUGUACUUGGCUCCGAGUUGCAAUCCAUGACCUUCAUGGGAGGCAUGGGGCGAUUGGGAUUCGAUGCGCCCAAGAGUGGAGAGGCAGUGGUUGCGGACCGUUCUUCGUUGAUGAGACGAGCAGCUUUGGACGCCUAUGAACGCCUGGCCGACGAAGCUGAGACUUUCCAUGCCCAACACCAUUGAUGCACAGACGAGGCUCCAUGAGAUGACGGGUUGACGGCGGACUGGGCGUCCUUCAUUGCAUCUUGGUUCCUGACGCAAGGCUGGGGUAGGAGUUUGGGUCACCAGCUGCAGAACUUGCGGAACUGCUGAAGCUGGGAGAAGGUUGACGAGACAAAGCUCUGGACUCCAGGCACCGCUUUUCCUCACGCGCCACCUGGACGCGACGCCACACGGGGCUUCGCGGGUCGGUUGAAAA